AUGAAGGAAAAGAACGAGGUCAUCCAGGAGUUCAAGGAACUCGUCAACAUGACGGCCAAGGAAUUGAAGGACUGGCUAAAGGGCGACCAGUCUGAAGGCGCAGGAUGGCCUAAAGAGGAUGGGGGCGGAGAAUCUGUUGGCCACGACAGCGGUCGACAGAUUGUUGAGAUUCUAGAGGCCAACUCGGAAAAGGAUCCGGAAAAGUACACGGACGAUCACAUCACCCACAUGAGAAAGGUGGUAGGCUACAUCAAACGGCACUUGGCUCAAGAAGAAAAGGCAAAUAAUAAAAAGCCCGUUGAGGAGGUCAAAAAGACCAAAUCUUAUGCAUCGCUCAAGAACUGGGGCCACGAUACCAUCAAGAAGCGGGAGGCAAACGGAGGCGGCGCUGAAGCAGAUGCCGAAGGCGAAGAGCAAGAGCAAGAGGAAGGAAAGGAAGACGAAGACGAAGAUGAAGAGGAAGAGGAAGAGGAAGAGGAAAAGGCAGGAGAAAAACGAAAAGCGCCAGAUGACCAGUCUGGUACAAGCAAGAAGAGAGAAACAGAGGAUGGCGCAGCGGCAGUAGACAAUGAUGAAAAGGAAAAGGACGAGCAGGCUGAAGAAGAUGAGGAAGACUCAAAGAAAGGAGACCAUCCGAAUGGCAAAGAAGGAGGAAACGGAAAAGAGACAAAAGGUCCUGAAAAGGGAGAUACAGUGAGCUGGAACUGGGGCCAAGGGCAGCCUGAAGGGAAGGUCAAGGAGGUCAAUCCUGGAGAGACGACUAUUGAGACGAAGAAAGGAACCCAAGUAUCGCGAAAGGGAGAUGAAGACGAUCCUGCCGUCGUCCUUGAUACGGGAAAGUCGGAGGCGGUCAAGUUGAACCACGAACUCAACGAGACGGAGGAUUAA